AUGAGUCCAAAACUGUUUGGCUUCCUGUCAGAUUUUCAAAAUAGUUUAGCUACUGUUGUUAAUGGAGCAGGAAUCCUAUCCCAUCACCAUCAAACAGAGUUCACAACAUCUAACAAAGGAUUUUUUGAUGGGAAUUUGAUAAAAAGUUUUUUAAAAUUGCCUCUUUCUGACAUGGAGUCAGUUAUUAAAGGACUAAAGGGAUCAUAUGAUUGUGAAUUCCAGAUAAUAUUAGAAAAGACAGAGAUUGGUAUUAAAGAUGUAAUCAAUCUCAUUGAAGAUUUAACUAGGUUGUAUUAA